AUGGCAUCAAAUAGACAAAUACAACCAAUACAAUCUCGACGUGAUUCUACAGAAUCUACAUCAGCGUUGUGGGAAAAAGUUCAUCAACAAUUUCCAUCAAAAAAGCAAAAUGCUCCAUUUGCUGAUGAAAAUAAUGAUUCACUUGAUGAUAAUCCAACAAUUGAUGAUAAUGAUGAAUAUGAAAGUGAAUCUGGUACAUCACUACCUAUUCAGACAAGUCCAUCUAAUCUUGACAUAAAUAAAAAAUUUCAACCAUGGCAAACACCAACAAAACAAGAUUAUUUAAUAAUUAUUAUAAAUGAUGAAGAAAAUACUGAAGAAGUUAAGCGAACUAUAAAAAACGAUUUUUCACGACAAGGUUUGCGAUGGACAAAUAAAGAAGAACAAUUACAUCCAUGGUAUUUUGGAUUAACAUCAAUACAUAUUCACUUUACUAAAUCACAAAGCAUUGAUAUUCCGAGACUUUCUUUCUCUUCAUCUUUGCCUUUUUGGAUGACGUUAAAAAAAGAAAAACAACAAGAUAAGUUAAGUAAUAAUAUGUCAAAGAAACCAAUCUACCAUAGACUACAAUCAGAUUUUGCUGUUUCACUUCGUUAUGGUGCACUUAUUGAUUUAAAUCAGUUUUUCUAUUCAAAAGAUCAUUCAUGGGAAAAUGAUCCAUGCUCAAAAUGGUCUAUUUCUUUAAAUGAUCAAUAUAGUGGUAGUGGUUCUAUCGAAUGGAUUAUAGAAGAUAAUGAAAAAAGACAAAAAAAACAGUUAUUAAUUUCUAAUAUUAAUCAUUCAAUUAUUGUUGUUUCACGUGAAGAAGGUUUUGAUAUAUAUAUUUGUCAAAAAUGUAAUAUCAAUGAAUUUGAAGCUCAAGCUACAAAUAAUAAUAAUAAUAAUAAUAAUAAUAAUAAUAAUAUUCAUCAUAGAAAUAGAUCACGUCAAAAUAGAUCAAGUGGAAACAAAGAUUUUUCAGGAAAUGUCGAACAACAGCCAUUACAUCAUCGAUCACAUUCAAGACCACGUAAUGCUGUGCCAUUACAUCGUCGAUCAAAUUCAAGAACACAUGAUGAUGAGCCAUCGCGCUCGACACAACAUGACUCUCGACAACAACGACGAUUUAAUUAUGAACAUUAUAAACGAAUUGGUGUCAAUGCUGGUUGUUAUUUUCCUACUAUUCAAUUUAGUAUACAUCAUGAUCCACUUCGUUUAACAAAUAAUACUAUACCAAAUAUUAAAAAUCGAAUAAAACAAAUAGUUGCAUUACUUAUUGAAUUUUUUCUUUCACAUCAAAUAACUGUUUGUUAUGGAAAUAUCGAUUCAAAUAUUGGAUCAAAACCAUAUUUAUUUUUUCAAGAAGAAAUACCUCAUUUUCCAUCACUUAUCAUGAAAUAUUCAUGGCAAAUGCUUUCUAGUGUUGGAUAUCGGUUACAAAUUCAAAUAAGUAAAGAAAAUUUUAUCGAAAAAUUACAUAAAUUAAGUAAAGAAGAACAUAAUCCUGAUGAAUUAUUUUAUCGUGUAUGUGUUUAUCUUUCAAGGAUAUUUUCAUUAAAACCAUUUGUUAACAUAAAUAAAGAAUUAGAACAUGCUAUAAUUCAAUCUCAACAAAAGCGAGAUGAUUGUGCUUAUGGUUUAAUUAGUAAAAUAGAUAUUGAAGAAAUAAAUGAAGCAUAUAUACCAUCAGUAUCAUUAACACCAACAACAAUUCGAAUAAAACCAUUAAAAUUAUGUCGAACAAAUCGAGUUCUUCGAGCUACUAAACAAUUUGGUUCAGCACUUUAUCAUUUUGUUCUUGUUGAUAUUCGGGAUGAAAAUGGUCGAAAUUUACAAUCAUUUCAUUUUCGAGAUUUACAUUCAUUAUUACUUGGUUAUUUGGAAAAUGGUUUUAUACUAAUGAAUAAUAAUCGAAAAUAUAAAUAUUUACAUCAUUCUCAAUCACAAUUACGGGAAAGACAAUUUUGGUUUUAUCAUCAUAAUGAUUAUGAUAAAGAUCUAAGAAAAAAAAAUCUAAGUUUUUCUGAAGCUUAUAGAUGGAUGGGUAACUUCGAUAAAGAGAAAAAUCCAGCUAAAUAUGCUGCACGUAUGGCACUUUGUUUUACAACUACAAAAGCAACUGUUCAAGUGCCAAAAAAUAAUGUCGAACUAGGAAAAGACAUCGAGAUCACAAUCGGUGAUAAAACUUUAAUAUUUACAGAUGGUUGUGGUAAAAUGUCAUUUGAAUUGAGAGAUAAAAUAAAAAAAUUACUUCGUAUUCGAAAUGAUUUCAGUGCUGUUCAAUUUCGUUAUGAUGGUGCUAAAGGUGUUGUCAGUAUUCAUCCAGAUAUGCCAAAAAAUAUUCAUUUAUCCAUUCGUCAUAGUAUGAAAAAAUUCAAUAGUGAUCAUGAUUAUUUUGAAGUAUGUAAACGCUCAGCACCUCGAUCAAUAUAUCUUAAUCGACAAGCUAUUCUUCUUUUAUCAUAUCGACAAAUAUCUGAUUCAUCAUUUCUUAUACUUCAACAACAAAAUCAUCUUACACUUAUUCGUUCUCUUCUACGAAAUGCUGAUGCAGAAAAAUUAAUUCUUGAAAAAGUACCAUCAUGGUUUUUACCUAAAGAUAUACAUGAUGCAAAUAUUGAUUUUAUUCAUGAACCAUUUUUUCGACAAUUACUUAUUAAUUCAUGUUUACAAUCAACAAAAGAUUUACUUCAACGAACUCGUAUUCAAAUUCCAUUAAAUAAAGGUCGAAAUAUGUUGGGAAUUGUUGAUGAAUAUAAUGUUC